GGAGACAUGCUGAUUGUUCUGGUAUAUUAUAUUAAACAUUAUGUGAGUUAUAUUAAGGAACUGACAUCUUGUACAUUGUGUAGCUUAACGUUUGUAGCGUAUACUUGGGGAUGGAUUGUAGCCAUCUACCCUUGAAUGGCACUGACAAGGUUGUAGUAGCCAUCUGUUCCACGUUCGAAUGAAUGCAGAUUCAGCUGUAACGCUAGGCUUAUAAGCCUUUACUAACGCCUUGAUUUGUUUACAUACUUGUGGUGACUGUGCGUGAGGUAUAGGCAUACAGUAUGUAGUGACCGCAUGAAAUAAUAUUUUCUUUAAAACUAGACAGCAACAAUGGGUUGUAAGAUUGCUCCUCUCGACGGUUACCAAUGGUAACACUGACGCUCCUAAGAGAUUUAACCUCGCCCAGUGGACCUGUAAUCUGCCUACGGUAGAAAGCCAUGGCUGCAAGACAGAGGAAGGAUCUUCGAAGUUCAAUUGAUGAUGUGCUUGGAGGUCUUUUGGAUGAUGAUGAUCCCCCAAAGAAGACCCAGGCACCUCCGGCUGAGCGCACCAGGGUGAAAGGAGCUCUUCCGUCUCGCAGUGGCAAAAAGUCCAUAUUGGAUGAUGAUGAUUUCUUCAGCAAACUGGCAGAGGAGGCUGACAAAGAUGACCUGUCAGAUAUAUCUGAGGCUGAUCCUCAAGCUCUGCUGGACAGCAUGAAGGACAUCGAUGACAUGGAUGCUGACCUGUUUGGCUCCAAGAAAAAGCCCAGCUCUGCUCCACCCCAGACCAAGAGCUCUACAGCAGCAGGUGCCAAGUCAGAGCCAUCCAAACCUGCAGACAAACAGAAGAUCGGUGAUACAGACACAUCAAUUCAUGAGGAGAAGAAGCCAAGUUCAGCACCUGCCUCAACAGCUCGGGGUUACAAGAAAUUCAGCUUCAUUGACUUUGAUGACCCCAUUGAUGAUUUGCUGGAUGAUUUGGAUCCCCCGAAGGCCCAAAAAACAAGCUCUUUAUCAGAAAAGGCACCUGAGAAGAAAAUCACCUCUCCCAUUGCGUCGCCUGUUAUCAGUCAGAAAAAGAGUGACAAGCAAGCCUCACCAGCCCUGGCUCCCAAGAAGCGGGAUGAGCUGACAUUCGAUGAGGACGACGAUCUCAUGGAUGCACUGGGAUUUGACGACACACCUAAAACCAAGACAACCGCUAUAACUCCCAAGACAGAGAGCAUAAGCAGCGAGCCGGUCUAUAGACCCCGCACCCGGCUGGAUGAGAUCUUGGGUCGAGGGACGUCACCUCGCCUGCUGGAGCGCCCCCCAACUGGGGAGAAGAAAGAACAACAGCAGCAGCAGCAGCAGCAGCAGCAGCAGGAACAGAAACUCCCACAGAGGAGCAGCAGCGCGAAAGACCCUGUGAUAGGAGAGGAUGACUUCACGUUUGGCUCCUAUCAGCCAACACUGGCAGGCUCUGCUGAGGGAAGGCAGUCCCGCCGACAGUCAGUCAGAUUUUCCACAGAGGACAUCAGUUCAAGUUCACCAGAGCGCAGAUCAAAGCCCAGUACUCCGGCCACGCCCACCUCCGCCUCCCGUGCCAACAGGUCCACAGCUGAUUGGCUUGGGCUCAGCCAGGAUGAUGCAGACGCAGCCGACGGAGUCGAGGAGAUGAAGAAGGCAACAGGCGGCACGAUAUCAACGGACAACUCGAAAGUCCCUCCCUCCCCGAAGGCAAGGUCCACCACGGCUCCCGACAUUGCCCCCUCAUCACCCAAAUCCACCAGACCUAGACAGGACACUACCAAGGCUGCUAAAGAGGUGGCAAUGGAGGGCGGUGGAGGAGGAGAGGAAGAGGACUGGCUGGCCGGGGCGCUGAGUAGGAAGAAGGCUAAGGAGGAGGAGGAGAAGAAGGCUGCCCAGCAGGGUGCACUGGGCCUGGGGGACGAGGUGGACCUGGACUCCUUCCUGAGUAAAAGGCAACCGUCACCAACUUCCCGGAGAAGACAGGAAGACCCAACGGUACAAAAGAAGGAGGCGACGGGGACGGGCUCUUCAGUCACACAGAGGCCAGUUAGUCCCUCCCUGGCCCUCUCAGCACCUGCUAGAGGGGACCAGUCUACACCAGCCAAAACCAGUCAAGAACAACUAACCACCUUGUCCAGAGUACCACACCAGACGACAGCAGAGACUACAAGCCAACAUAACCAACCUCAGGUGACUCUGUCUGCUGAAAACCUCCAGCAGCUAUUGCUUCAACAGCAGCUGACGGGUGGUUGGGGUCUGGGUGCUGGUGGUGGUGCUGGUGGUGGUGUGGAGGUGGGGGCUCUGCACAGGCAGCGCAAGGCGGAGGCAGAGCAUCAGCAGCAGGCUGGGGAGCAGCUGUCCUCCCUGCAGGCCCGCAUCAUCCAGCUGGAAGGACAGGUGCGGACGCUGCAGCUGGAGCGUGAUCAGAGGCAGAUGCUGCUGGACAGUGUGCAGCUGAGGCAUAAACAGGACACAGAACUGAUGGAGAACACACACAGGGCUCGUGUGAAGCUGCUGGAGGAGUCAUCUUCUCAGCGUGAGCUGCGCAUGCGCCAGGAGAUCGAGGACCUGUCGGAGCGGCUGGCUACCGUCACCCGAUUGGCCGAGCAGGAGAGGGCGGAGCUGCAGACGCAGCACCAGAGACGCCUGGCGCAGAGCCAGCAGGACCGAGACCGCGAAGUGGAGAGACUACGGGACCUGCAGAGGAAGUCCAUCCUUGAGAUGAAGAAGGACCACGAGGAGCAGGUGUCUCGGCUGAAGAGGCUGAAGGACGAGGAGAUCGAUGCUGUAACCAGUGCCACCUCACAAACCAGAUCAUUGACAGUAGUUAUUGAACAGAUGGAGCAGUUUUCUCGGCGCCUGGGUGACCUGUCGUCGCGGGUGGAGAGCACCCAUGAGCACACCACCCAGGGCCUGGAAUUGGGGGCCAGGCAGAGGGACGAACAGCUCAGAGUGAUGCAGGACCGGCUGGGCCAGCAGCAGAGGGCCAUGGGAGAGGAGAGGGCUCGGCUGCAGGAGGUCAUCGCUAAGAUGGACACCCAGCUGGCAGAGCAGCAGAGGCAGCUGGAGAAGGAGCGCUGGAGGGUCUCUGCAGAGCAGGCGAAAGCCGAGUCGUCCCUGAGGGGGCUGGAUGAGGAGAAGAGGAGCAUGACCCAGCAGAUCAGCAUCGAGAGAGAGGAGCUGGAGAGAGCCAAGAGUUCCCUGCUGGAGGAGCAGCAGCAGGUGAUGCAGCGGUGUGCGGAGGAGCGUCGCAAGCUGGCGGCCGAGUGGGCGCAGUUCCACACGCAGGAGAAGAUGAGGCAGGAGCGCGCUGACAGGGAGGCCAGCCGCGCCAUAGAGAGGGACGCCCACCGCGAGGGAUCCAUCAUCAGCAUGGCACAGGAGCAGGCUGAGCUGAAGCUGAGGGGAGGCGAGCUGAAGCAGAGGGAGGAUGUUCUGGCUCGCGAACGGGAGACUCUGGACCGCCUGAGGGAGGACUUGGAGCGGGAGAAGGAGAGGCUUAGUGCCACCGCCCUCAGGCUCAAGACCAGGGCUCAGGAGGUGGAGAGCUUCAGCAAGCUGGCCUCUGAGAAGUUUGAGGAGGGGGAGGGGGCGCUGCAGGAGGCCCGGCGCGUGGAGACGGAGCAUCAGACUCGCCUGCGCAGCAUCCACGCCCAGAUGGAGCGCCUACGGCAACAGGAACAGCACCUGCACCAGGAACGAAUGCGGAUGACUGAGCACAGGAGAGAUAUGAAUUUGAGGCAAAGUCUCCCCAUCAACCUGGCUCCACCACUCUACACAGCAGAUUUUGCACCCGUUGCCAACAGUCAGCUGCUUCUGUCUCCCCUAGCACCUGUCCAGCACCACAGCCCGGUUACAAACACCAUGUCCCCUGAGCUGCUAGCCAAAUUGGCCAUGCUAAAACAGACAGCAGAGAAGGACCGAGAUUUCCUACAAGAUGAGCAGUUCUUCCUGGCCACACUGAAGGCUGCACCAUACAACUCACUUCACACCACGUGAACUUCAAUUUUGUACGUUUUGUUUUAUUUUUGCAAGUGCAAUAAAGUCGAUUUUUUUUUUA